AUGCUGUUGGCAGUGUCUGGUGGCUGGAAAUCGCGCUGUCUCAGCAUCUGGCGGCUGGACCACUGUCAAGAUUGUGACAGGUUGCACUCUGGUACUCUCUGCAGGAAGGUGGCAGAAAAUGGCAGUGCAUCAUACCCCUGUCUGGGGUUGCUGCCUUUGUCCUUUUCGUCGUACCCUGAUGCUGGUUGGAGUCACUUAUGGAGUGAGGUUGCUCUCCAUGUCUGCUUCAGUUUCCCUACACAGUUCAUCUUUGAUAUUCUUGAAUGGUGUUCUCUCCUUACUACAAGGAGCAGUGCUUUCGUCAUACACUGUAGGUUUCCCCUUAUGACCGAAGCUGCUGAGAAGCGCCAAGCUUCUUGCCACAAGAUCACACUGGAUUGCCUUGCUUAUGUUGCCAGCUGCAUUUGUUGA